AUGUCGACCAUGUCGACCCGCUCCGCCUGGCGCGCUCUGCACUACAGCGCUAAGCGCCGUGCCUUCCAGCCCGCAACCCCCUACCGCUGCUUCUCCUGCACCCGCGCCGCCCAGGAUCAAAGCAAGCAGGACCAAGAGCGCAUGACACACUUCGGCUUCACCAAUGUGCCCGAGUCAUCCAAGGAGUCGCGAGUCGGCGCAGUCUUCAGCUCCGUCGCCUCCUCCUACGACACAAUGAACGACCUGAUGUCCCUGGGAAUCCACCGCAUCUGGAAGGACCAUUUUGUCCGAUCCCUAAACCCCGGAUCUCCCCUCAGCGCCCGCAUUAAUAACCCCACCCAAAAGGGCUGGAACAUCCUGGACAUCGCCGGCGGGACCGGCGAUAUUGCUUUCCGCAUGCUCGAUCACGCCACGAACGUCAACCACGAUAUCGAGACCCGCGUGACGAUCAGCGAUAUCAACGCCGAUAUGCUGGCCGAAGGUCGCAAGCGGUCUAUCGAUACACCCUACUACAACACACCCCGGUUGUCGUUCAUCGAGGCAAACGCCCAGUCCAUGCCGCAUAUCCCGUCCAAUUCGAUUGAUCUGUACACUGUCGUCUUUGGAAUCCGUAACUUCACGGAUAAGCAAGCUGCACUGAACGAGGCGUACCGUGUGCUUAAGCCUGGUGGUGUGUUUGCUUGCAUGGAGUUCAGCAAGGUUGAUAACCCUGUCUUUGAUGCGGUUUACAAGCGCUGGAACUUCAGUGCUAUCCCACUCAUUGGACAGCUUGUUGCUGGCGAUCGGGAUAGCUACCAGUACCUUGUUGAGAGUAUCGAGCAGUUCCCUAGUCAGGAGGAGUUCAAGGGUAUGAUUCAAAAGGCUGGAUUUAUGAUUCCUGGACGUGGCUAUGAGAAUUUGACUGGUGGUAUUGCGGCUAUCCACAAGGGCAUCAAGCCUAUCAAGGCUUGA